AGGGGCGGUUGAGAAGUAAAGUCUUGGCGAGAGUUUGGUUCUUGCCAGGAAAUCCGCGGUGGCGGCUGGAGGCGGCGGCCACUGUGGCGGUUCCCGGCGGAGCGGAGCCGGGCUCUCUUCCCGCUCCCUCAGCGGGCCACGGAGAGCGGGAGCCCGCGCGGGGCUGAGGCGCCGGGAGCCAAGCGCGCCGAGCACCCGAGCUUCCCAAAAAGCAGACCGUGAUUUUAGUCAAAUACGUCACCAUCUAUUAAAGGAAACAAAAUCUUAAGAGCAAGUCUAACGUAUGAGGAAACAGAAGCUGCUUCAGCUGAUUGAAAAUGGGAACCACAAGCGAUGAGAUAGUUUCUGUGGAACAGCCCUCAUCCUCCUUAAAUCCUCUGUGUUUUGAGUGUGGCCAGCAGCACUGGACAAAAGAAAAUCACUUAUACAAUUACCAGAAUGAGGUGGAUGACGACCUAGUCUGCCAUAUUUGCCUUCAGCCUCUGUUGCAGCCCCUGGAUACCCCCUGCGGACACACAUUCUGCUACAAGUGCCUCAGAAACUUUUUACAGGAGAAAGACUUCUGUCCCCUGGACCGGAAGAGACUUCAUUUUAAGUUGUGUAAGAAAUCUAGUAUUCUUGUCCAUAAACUUCUAGACAAAUUAUUAGUUCUGUGCCCAUUUGCUUCAGUGUGCCAGGAUGUUAUGCAGCGCUGUGACCUGGAGGCACAUCUUAAAAACAGGUGUCCUGGAGCUUCUCAUUGGAGAGUUGCCCUAGAGAAAAGGAAAACUAGUAAAACUCAGACAGAGAUUGAGAAUGAAAAUGGACCCACCACACUAGACCCACCAGGUACUGUGUCACCAGAAGCCGACUGUCUGGGGACAGGAACAGUGCCAGCGGAGCAGAACCUGACACCUGUACCUCUCCCUGCCUGGCCCGAGGAGCCUGGCCUUGACAACCCCGCCUUCGAAGAGAGCACUGGAGCGGAUACCGCACAACAGCCGCUUAGUUUACCAGAAGGAGAAAUUACCACAAUUGAAAUUCACCGGUCUAAUCCUUAUAUUCAGUUAGGAAUCAGCAUCGUGGGUGGCAAUGAAACGCCACUGAUUAACAUUGUUAUCCAGGAAGUCUACCGGGAUGGGAUAAUCGCCAGAGAUGGAAGACUCCUUGCUGGAGACCAGAUCCUUCAGGUCAACAGCUAUGAUAUUAGCAAUGUGUCCCAUAACUACGCUAGAGCUGUGCUUUCCCAGCCCUGCAGCACCCUGCACCUCACUGUGCUUAGAGAGAGGCGCUUUGGCAGCCGUGCCUCUGGCCAUUCAGAUAAUAACUCCCCACGAGAAGAGAUUUUCCACGUGGUUCUUCAUAAGCGGGACUCUAAUGAACAGCUUGGCAUUAAAUUAGUGCGAAGAACAGAUGAGCCGGGUGUGUUUAUCCUUGACCUGCUGGAAGGGGGGUUGGCUGCACAGGACGGACGGCUGAACAGCAAUGACAGGGUGCUCGCCAUCAAUGGACACGACCUGAAGCAUGGAACACCUGAGCUUGCUGCCCAGAUUAUACAGGCUAGUGGAGAGAGGGUGAAUUUAACCAUUGCCAGGACCGGGAAACCGCCACCUGGUAGCGCUAACCGAGAAGCAGGAACUCCGAGCGGCAACCAGCACCACUCUCAGCAGCUGUGUCACACCAGACCCAGCUCCCAUAAGGAUCUUACCCAAUGUGUUACAUGCCAAGAAAAACACAUUACUGUAAAGAAGGAGCCACAUGAGUCCCUUGGAAUGACGGUAGCUGGAGGCAGAGGAAGUAAGAGUGGCGAACUGCCCAUCUUCGUGACCAGUGUGCCACCCCAUGGCUGUCUUGCACGAGAUGGCAGAAUUAAGCGAGGUGAUGUGUUGCUGAAUAUCAAUGGCAUUGACUUGACCAAUUUAAGUCACAGUGAGGCCGUUGCUAUGCUGAAAGCCAGCGCUGCUUCCCCGGCUGUUGUCCUUAAAGCACUUGAGGUCCAGGUUGUGGAGGAGCCUGCCCAGACCACCGAAGAGCAGCCAAGCACUUUCAGUGAAAACGAAUAUGAUGCCAGUUGGUCCCCAUCCUGGAUCAUGUGGCUCGGGCUUCCAGGUGCCCUUCAUAGCUGCCAUGAUAUAGUUUUAAGAAGAAGCUACUUGGGAAGUUGGGGCUUUAGUAUUGUUGGUGGAUAUGAAGAGAACCACACCAAUCAACCUUUCUUCAUUAAAACUAUUGUCCUGGGGACACCUGCUUAUUAUGAUGGAAGAUUAAAAUGUGGAGACAUGAUUGUAGCCGUAAAUGGCCUGUCAACGGUGGGCAUGAGCCAUUCUGCGUUAGUCCCCAUGCUGAAGGAGCAGAGGAACAAAGUAACUCUGACCGUUAUUUGUUGGCCUGGAAGCCUUGUAUAGACUUUUGAAACUGGUUUUGAGUCAAGCAUCUUCCUUUAUGAAAAAAAACCCUUUGGUUCCAUUGUGUUUCUGGUUGGUGGGAGCUACUGACACAGCUGGUAUAUGCAGGGCCAAAAACCACUAAGAUUGUCCCUAUUAUUUAAACAGUUUCCCUCAAGUUAGUCACAUUUCUUUGAGCUUGGACACAGUCUUCCACUAACCCUUGUGAAUUUACAUUUUCAGAAUUCAGGCUGUCAGUUGUAGGAAUGUUACCUGUACUAAUGAGCAAAGCCUACCCACACUGUGACAGAGCUAGCCGGGCCACAGGACUGCUGGUGGUGGCUCUUUGUUUUCAAAAACAGAAUCAUAAAGUGAGUCAUACAGCUGCCAGGGCUGGCGUUAGUGCAGGCAAUAAACCAGUGCCAUGAAUGGCUACAUUUUAAAUUUGGGUGAUAACCAUUUUCUGUUUUUCAUUGGUACCAACAUUUCAAAAAUCCAUCAUAUUUAUAAAGUGAUUUUUCUGGUUUAUUUUGCUUCUUCUUUAAUAUCUUGGUAUUCAUAGGUGAUGAAGACUUGGCACUUAACACUGCUGAACAGAUUAUGAAAAAAUAAUUUACCAUUAUUAGAAUAGUAGAGAAUAAAAGAUAAUGUUACCCAGUGACAAAAAAUAAUUUGUAAGGUAAUUAUAGUUUAGCACCAGAGAUGGUAAAAGCUGCAUUUACUUGAACAGGUUAUAGCAUUAAAGAUUCAUUUCCAAAGGAAUGUUUGCUUACAUAGGAAAAUUUCGAAACAGUUGUUGCUAAAAAUCAUUUCUAGAGUUUGUAUUAUAUGUAUAUCAACAGUCUUGGCUGGAAAUGUUUGUGUGAUUUAUGCAAUUAAACUAGAUGAUUAAAAUAAAACCAUACUGCUAUUAAAUAUAUACUCGUGUAUCACAGCCAAGUAAGAGAAGGAGACCUUCUCAUUUUAUUCUGAUAGAGUUUUGGGGUUUCUUAUUUUCCCCAUUAUUUCUUCUCUUAUGAACUUAAUGAUUUCAUGUAAGAGACUGACAAGUUUUUUGUUUGUUUUUUAUCUGAAAUAGUAGGUUUUAGGUGUUAAUAUCUUUUAGUCAGCUCUUUGUCACGAGACUAUUUGAUAUUUUUUUUAAUGCCUUUUAAAACUAUGAUCAGCCCGUUUUGUUUGUUCUUUAUUCUACAUGGUUGUCCUUUGGAACAACAUAGAGUGAACAUGAGGAAAAUAGCAUUACCUUAUCAAUAUUAUGCAUACUUGAAAAAAGUUUCCUUUAGAAACCUAGUUCAGAAUCUGAGCUAAUUUACAAGUGACCUCUGUAAUAAAUGGUAUUGAUUAUCAGAGAAUGUAUUUCAAAACACUGCAGUCUAUUAUGACGCAUGACUACUUUAUUUGCAAACUUAGCAAUGGCAUUGCUGGGGUUUAUUAUAUCUGUAGCAUGUCACUGAAUAUCCCGGUUAGUUUUAUAAUGUUUUUCUUUUUAAACAUACCUCUUUUGAAUAGGUAAAUUGCUAUUGACUUGUUCAACCCCUUAGCUCUACUAAGGGUCAGCAUAUAACCAGGAUACAGUGGAAUGCCCCAUACAGUAUAUUACUGUUAGGUGAUGAUUGUCUCUUGAAGCAAUUUGAUAUUUAAAUGCUUUGGUAUUCUAAUUGACAUGGAACAAGUUUUUUUUUUUUCCCUGUUCCCCAAAUAAAAUUUUGUAACCUACUUUGCUAUUUUUUAAACCUUUUAUAAGAAUGUAUCAUUUAUUGGGGAGUGACCAUCCAUCAGCAAAUAUUCUAACUGCUACUUUGCUUAUAUAAAAUACUUCUAUUGAACCCUGGUAUAACAAGUAUUUUGAAAGAAGAAAUUUUUUUUUAAAUAUUAUUUUUAUCAUGGAAACCUUGGAAUCAGCUUAAGUUACAGGUUUUAUUAGCAAACUACAAUCAUAGCUUUUGGUCAGAAUGAUAUUUAGUGAUGGAAACUUGUUUAUAAUUUAUUGUUACUAUCAAAAUCUUUGAAUUUUCUCAUUUUAAGCAUUUACAGUUAAAUAUUUUGAUUUGUUCUGUGCCUCCAGUUUAAAUUAUUUCAGGAUUUUUCAUAUGUGUUUAAAUAAUGAUGUGAUAAUC